CGGAUUUAUGGUUAUGCAGUUCAACACUAUAGCGGCAUUGGCUGAAUGACGGUAUAGGAACAUUUGUCAAAAUGAAAAGACAGACUUGGUUAAUUUUAUGCACGUGUUUUUUGGAUGUUUUUCAUUGCUAUGAAAAUAUUGCCAUUAAAAAGCCAGCAUACCAACAAAACCCAUACUUCCCAAAUAACGACACAUUUGCAGCAAGUAAUGCUGUAGAUGGGCGCAAAACAAACCUGAUGUGGAACGGAGGACAAUGUGCUGUAUCUGCAAGCGGACAAACCGCCACCUGGUGGGUGAACCUGACAAGCAUCCACAGCAUCCAUCACAUCACCAUCUACUACUUGACGAAUAAUAAUAUCUGGGAUUCUUCAAGUUAUUUUGCACGGUCCUUUUUGGGAUUUUCUGUGUAUAUCUCAAACACGACAAAUAGACUACAAGGAACACUGUGCUUUAAGGACAUAAACUUUUCAGCAAGCACCAUACCUGCUGUGUUUAAUACAACAUGUAACUUGAUUGGACAAUAUGUUAUAUACUACAACGAGCGACUGAAUAACGUAACAUAUCCAGAAAAUUACUCUGAGUUUGCUGAAAGCGAUCUAUGUGAGGUGGAAGUUUAUGUUUGUCCACGGGGAUUUUUUGGAGAGGGAUGUGCUGAUAAAUGUUCCGAUAAUUGUUACGGCUGUAACCACAUCAAUGGUCUGUGUGACUCUGGAUGUAAACCAGGAUGGAGAGCAGACAACUGUCAAGAAGUAUGCUUACACGGACACUUUGGACAGGACUGUGCUUACACAUGUAACAACACGUGUAAAGGAUGUAACAACGUCAAUGGUCUGUGUGAUUCUGGGUGUAAUCCUGGCUGGAAGGGAGACUACUGUAAUGAAGCUUGUUCGUACGGAUUUUUUGGACUUGACUGUGCUGAAAAAUGCAUUGAGACGUGUACAGGUUGUAACAACAUCAAUGGUUUAUGCGAUUAUGGCUGUACCCCAGGAUGGACAGGAUAUUUUUGCAAUAAAGUUUGCCAAGUUGGAUUCUUUGGACAAGAGUGUGCUUACAUAUGUAACAACACAUGUAAAGGCUGUAACAAUGCCAAUGGUCUGUGUGAUUCUGGGUGUAAUCCUGGCUGGAAGGGAGACUACUGUAAUGAAGAUUGUAACAGAGGGUCAUAUGGCAUUGCUUGCCAAGAAAUCUGUGGACAUUGCCGUGACGUCAACCAUUGUUUACAUAUAAAUGGAACAUGUCUCACCGGCUGUAGUGCAGGCUAUCAGGGGACAUUGUGUAAAGAAACUUGCAAUAACGGCUCAUUUGGAAAUGACUGCAGUGAACAUUGUGAAAGCUGUCGUGACAACGACUGCCACCAUAUUAAUGGGACGUGCUUAUCUGGAUGUGCUGAUGGUUACCAAGGAGACCUGUGUAAAACACAUUGUGAAAAGACUUUCUUUGGAAUGAAUUGCUCACAAAAAUGUAAUAUCAGAUGUUUAAAUCAGGAUUGUCAUCACGAGACCGGAGAAUGUGUUGACAACGAAAAACAUAACAACCUACCAACUAUAAUUGUCCUGCUUGGAAGUAUCGUUGCAGUCGCUGUUCUUCUUAUUACAAUUUUGUUUUGGAGGACUCGAAGUAAGACAUUGAAGUUACGUACUACCACUAACAACGACGACUAUGAGGCACAAACUUCAAUUCAAUACCUUGGUCAAAACAGAAUGCAGAAUCUUUCAACUUACUGUCAGAGGAGUAACUUUGAAGAAAGUAGGAAUUUGCCAAGUUCAUUAAAUAUGAAAUGUACACAUGGUAAAACUUCAAAGACGGCAAGCAAUAGCAAUGGAUUUAAAGAUAAAAACACAUUUGUUAAUGAAAAAGUACACGCAGGAAAUCAGAUUGACGACGUAUUUCAGAUAAAAGAACAUUGUACAAUAGAUAGAGAUGUAACUGAAUUAGGAAAAGUUAUUGAAGGAAUCAAGAAAAACGAUGACAGCGGUUUUAAAAAAGAGUAUGCGUCGCUACUGUAUGGAGACCAGUAUCCGUGUAAUAUCGGAAAGCUUCCUGGAAAUAUAACAAAAAACAGAUUUAAAACCAUACUUCCCUAUGAUCAUUCUAGAAUUACACUUGAAAGAAAGUGUUCUGACUACAUAAAUGCCAAUUAUAUUGACGGUAUUGGGCAAGAAAAUGAUUACAUUGCAACCCAAGGACCAAAACAAAACACUGUCAACGACUUUUGGGUUAUGGUAUGGCAAGAAAAGGUAGCACAAAUAGUCAUGUUGACAAAUCUAGUAGAAGAAAGCAAGAGAAAAUGUAUUCAGUAUUGGCCAGACCUGGAGGCAAGCAUGGAUUGUGACAUUUUAACAUUAAAAACGACUGAGGAAAGGCGUUAUGCGUAUUACGUCAUUCGUAGGCUGAAUGUUAAACACAGACAGAAACAUGAGAAUAGAACGGUCACCCAUUACCAUUUCACAGCCUGGCCGGAUCACGGUGUCCCGGAUCCGAUUUGUCUUUUACUAUUCCACAAUCAUGUGGAAAGAACAAAACGUACCAGCUACGGAGGUCCAACUAUCGUACAUUGCAGUGCUGGAAUCGGAAGAACAGGAACCUACAUAGCAGUUGAUGCAUUGUACAAAGAAAGCCAAAGGAAUAACAAAAUCAACAUUGCAGAAUACGUGAAGGAUAUGAGAGAAAAAAGGAUGAAUAUGGUCCAAACUUGUGAACAAUACAAGACAAUAUAUCUGACUCUCCAUGAAAUGCUUAAAGUUCAAAUUCCCAUUCAGAAUACAAUGGAAUUUCUUCAGAAAUUGGAAGCUGCAAAAAUAGAUCUACCGGCAAAUGAUUCUUUGAUUAGAAAAGAGGUUCAGCGGCUUCUGACAGUGCAGCCUCAGUACACAGAAGCGGAUUACAAACUUGCGUCCGAUUACAGGGAUAUGUCAAGCUCAGUUCUCCCUAUGGAUAAAUACGUGCUGUUUCUAACGUCAACCGUUUCCAAACGUGGGAAUUACAUCAAUGCAAUAUCUGUGCCCUCUUUCACCAACCGGGAUAAAUUUAUCAUCACUCACUAUCAGAAUCCAGCGGACGCUGUAGAUUUCCUGCGACUCAUAACUGAUCACGAGUCGGAAGUCGUCGUCUGUAUGGACCCUCUCAGCAGUGUUGAAUCUGCAGAGCAAUGGUUGCCAACUAUAACUAAAGCUAAGAGUUUGAGACCUUUCAAAAUUGAACUUCAGGAAGAACAUAAAACAGAAAUAGGAUGCCGAAAAAUAAGAAUUUCUAACAAAGGGAUAGAAGACAAAGAAUGUUUGGUUGAAUUUGUGGAACCAUUGUAUAACUUUAAUCUUAAGGAAUCUCAGACGGCUUCUCAAAUUCUUGGUUUGGUGUCAUUGGUAGAGAAAAUUGAAACAGACAACCCAAUAACCGUCGUCAGCAGGGAUGGUGCCGCUCUGUGUGGUGUGUUUUGUGUUGUAUACAACCUGAUACAACAGCUAACAAUGGACGAGGAGAUAGACGUGUUCUCUGCGGUCAGACUCCUACAGACAAGACGUCCUGAACUUUGUAACUCUCUGGAGGAGUACGAACUAAUCCACGAGGCCUUAUACAGAUUUAUAAAGUCGCGAAAAGAAGAACACAUCUACUACAACCAAUAAACAUGAAGUUUAUUCAUCGUUCAAUGUAACUUUGUCAGUGACAGAAUCAUAUAUUGAGUAAUCACAAAUACUUAUUCACAAUACAACAACGAUAACCUAAAACUGGAUGAAAGAUGAUAUUUCAGAAAUACUUUAAUCAUUCAAUUAAUUUUCUUAAGUUUAUACAAAUAUAAAAAAAAAAUAUGGUAAUUUACAUAUUCAAUUAUAAAAAUAAAUAUAAAUAUUACAUGCUUAAAACAAAAAUAUGCACCGAAUCAUUAUAAUUUUCAAUUUCGUGUUGUUUCAGGAACAGCUUUUAGUAAUUGAUUUAUAACUAACCAUAGUCAAAUAGCAAUAUAGACAACAGUAUUACUUUCAAAUAUAUCAUCUCAUGAUAGAUAGAUAGAUAAAUAGAUAGAUAGAUAGAUAGAUAGAUAGAUAGAUAGAUAGAUAGAUAGAUAGAUAGAUAGAUAGAUAGAUAGAUAGAUAGAUAGAUUUGAAAAAUCAUUUCAAAAUAAUGUCUGUGGAAGCUCGUUUACUUUUCUUCUUUAUCAUAAGUAAUAUUUUUGUGUUUAUUGUUUAUUUAAAUGCAAAUUAAUUUUUGCUGUUUUGAUUUAGAAAACUGUAUUUUUUCAUCAUAAAAAUGUUUUUCGUCUUGUAGACUUUAAAAAUAAAUUGAAAUAGGAAGAAAUAUAUAAGAAAUAAUCUAUUUUACAAAGUUAUUGCAGGUUGGCCUACGAUGAAUAUAAUACAGUAAAUAUACAUGUUGAGAUAAAAAAAAAGUACCGUUGCAUCGGUGGUAUGAACUCCAUUGUCUAACGUUAUAUGACGUAGAUGCCAAUGGACCCAUUUAGUCAAGCAUUUUGUUCAAUAACUGCUCGUAGAAUUAACAAUAGAAGACUAAUCAAAUUUGUUUAUAAGGUAACAUUAUGGUACGAAUGAAAAUAAUCUGGAAAAUUUAGAGUUAUCGACCAUGGCUGAGGAUCGGUGUCUGUUGAUAAAAAUAUUUGUUUCAUAACUUAAAUAUCAAGCUCUUUAAUCUCUUUGAAUGAAUCUGAAUUGUUCCAACUUGGAAAAAGGUGAUGACAUAUUCGUACAAAUUCGGAUUACAAUUCUGAAUCUAAAACUAACCAAAAAAUAUUUUGUCGCCUACUGGGUAUUGAAAUUUUAAAAUUUCCAAAACGUUGGCCAUUCUAUAUUUUAAUAAAUAUGAGACAGUGAUAACUUGAAAUGACGUUUUUCCUCGAUUUGGUAAAAAUACUGUUAAAUACUGCAAUAAUUUGUUUUGUCAUUUUUUUUAUAUAAAAGCACGUUUUGUUUUGUUUUUUAACAUUAUGUUUUGACACAAAUAGUAACUGACAUUAAUUGAUUAUGUAGAAAGCUAGUUUUACCCUAGAAUGAGUUUAUGGGGACUUUACAUUGCAAACGAAAUUAAUUCACACCGAAUAAUAACGGUAAAAUUGUGCAAUUUGUCCCGAGUGC